AUGAUUCAAUGCGGUGCAAAUGUCAAUGGAAUCCAUAACAAUUGGCCUUUCGGUCGGCCAUUGCAUGCGAUUGCAACAUGCUCCAAUAUUGAUAUUGCCAAGCCGAUUAUUGAACUGUUUCUUGCUCAAGGAGCCCAUGCUGAUUCCAUUGAUAGUAGAGGCAACUUACCGCAAGAUCUAGCAUCACAACCAGCAGUCAAAGAACUUCUGCCGGAAAUAAAUCUGUCACCACGAGCUUCUUGGAACCAAACAGGCAUUACUGUUGUUGGAUUGCCAAAUGGAACAGCUGGUUCAUCUCUGUUUCAACUUUCAUCACCUUAUGGUAUAUCAAUUGCGUACAACGAUGUUCUCUAUAUUAGCGAUACAGCAAAUGAUCGUAUCGUUGUUGUCGAUCUUGAUCAUACCGAUAAUGUAUCUUUUAUCGGGUCAGGACCAGGUACUAAUCUUGGUGAAUUCGAUGGACCAUUUGGUAUCUCUACCACUAAUACAUCACUAUAUGUUAUUGACUUCGGUAAUGAUCGAGUGCAAAAAAUGUUACUUAAUGGUUCAAAUCCAAUUAGAAUACCUAGUAUAACCCAUUUCAAUCGUCCUCAUUAUCUUUUUGUUGAUAAUAAUGAUAAUAUAUAUUUGAGUGACACGUUUAAUCAUACUGUGUUGUUGUUUCUCCCAAAUUCAACAAACGGUACAAUCGUUGCUGGUGGUAUUAUAUAUGGUUCAAAUGAUGAUCAACUCUUUUUUCCAAACGGAAUAUUUGUAAAUUCUAAUGGAACUCUUUACAUUGCGGAUCAUCAAAACCAUCGAAUUAUGAAAUGGUUCUCAGGUGCUUCUUCAGGUGUUCGCGUAGCAGGAAAUGGAACAGGUGGUUCAAGUUUAACACAACUUUACUUACCAAUGUAUGUCAUGGUCGAUACAAACGAAUAUAUGUAUAUUAGUGAUGCUGGUAAUUCAAGAAUUAUGCGAUGGAUACCUAAUUUAAUUGUUGGUGAAUGUAUUGUUGGUUGUACAGGUACAAGUGGUGUUACUUCGACACAGCUGAACUAUCCAGUUUGUUUAGCAUUUGAUAGCAAAGGUUCACUUUAUGUCAAUGAUUAUGCCAAUAAUCGAAUCCAAAAAUUUCAAUAUCAAGUUCCAUUUUAUAAUCAACCAAAAUUCAGUCCAUGUGCGUUGUGGAACUCGACGGUAAUUACUUUUGAAAAUAGCAAUAUAAUUGGUACAAAUCCAUAUGACUUAUUCAUCGACACUAGCAACACAGUUUAUAUACUAGAGAAAUCCUUAGAUCGUGUACAAACGUGGACUGAAGGAGAUACAAUACCUACAAGAAACAUCUCUAAUAGUAUGAACGACUCAUUCUCCAUCUUUGUAACAAGUAACGGAGACAUUUACAUUGAUAAUGGUUCACCAAAUCACCGAGUGGACAUAUGGAUAAAUAAUGCUACAAAUAGUACUCCUGCAAUGUAUGUUCAAGGAACUUGUUAUAGUCUCUUUGUUGAUAGUAAUAAUAGUUUUUACUGUUCGUUGGGUGAUCUUCAUAAAGUUAUAAAAAGAUCGGCGUAUAAUGAAAUCAAUCAAACAACAAUCGUAGCGGGAAAUGGUACUGCCGGAUUAGGACCAAAUAGGUUGAACUCACCUCGAGGAAUCUUUGUUGAUAUUAAAUUUAAUUUAUAUGUAGCAGAUUGUAUUAACGAUCGAGUUCAACUUUUUCAAUUCGGUCAACUGAAUGGAACAGCAGUGGUAGGCAGCGGAGCAAACAACACUAUAGAUCUCGAUUGUCCUGUAGGAAUAGUGUUUGAUGGUGAUGGUUACAUAUUUAUUUCUGAUUCGCAAAAUAAUCGUAUUAUUGGUUCAAGUUCGAAUGGUUUCCGCUGUAUAAUUGGAUGUGCUAGUAUAUCGGGUUUCGCAUCAAAUCAGUUAAAUCACCCACAAACGAUUAGCUUUGACAGCUAUGGUAAUUUAUAUGUUGUUGAUGCUUAUAACGAUCGUAUUCAAAAAUUUCUUCUAACAAGCAAUACUUGUGUUCAACAAUCGUCACCAUCCUUUUUUGUUACAUUUACAUGCCCAAAUACAACAGCUAUUGGUCUUAACUGUAAUACAUCGAGUAGUCCAUGUGACAUACUCAAACCAUGUGAGAAUAAUGGAACUUGUAAUGAUAUAAAUACGACGAUAUCUGCUUAUAAUUGUUCAUGUUCCUCGGGUUUUGUUGGCACUCAAUGUCAGAUUGAUAAUCGACCAUGCAAAUCAAAUACUUGUUGGAAUAAUGGUAUUUGUAAUGAAACAUCAACUACAACAUUUCGUUGUUCAUGUGCAAAUGGUUGGGAAGGAAUUAAUUGUGAAACUAAAAUUGAUUAUUGUCACGAUAUUGUUUGUCAAAAUAAUGGUAUUUGUCGUUCAUCAUAUCUGAAUUACACAUGUGAAUGUAUUAGUGAUAGUUAUUCUGGUAGAUAUUGUGAAAUAACAUCCAAUAAAGCUCUUACACGUCAAAGAGUAUCGAAAUCAAUUGGUUUCAUUGCAAUAAUUGCUAUGAUAUCUACUGCAAUGUUUAUUAUCAUUAUGGAUAUAUUGAAAUAUUGUUUCGGUGUUGAUCCAAUAAGUAAAAAACGAAAAGAUACUCGUAAACAAAAGCAAUCAAAAAAACGAAAACAUCCCGGGGUUCGUCGUUAUGCUCGUGGCAAUAGAUCAAUACCAAGACCAAUCAAACCAAGUAUUCCGACUAUUGUAGAAGCAAUUAUUUAA